UUUCAAACCUCUUUCAUUCUCAGUCACCUCAGCCAGAAAUUUCCUGCUUCAGAACUGAAGAACAUUGUGUGAUCUUCUGGAUAUUGGAAGAGAUCCGCUGGGCCAGGAGGGCAGGGUCACCACCGACACCGGAGUGUAAGACAUAGCUGAGGCGCUUAUUCACGAAUUUCAUCAGAUGUCACCUAAGCAAUCGCCCCAACCUCCUCGGCUUCCUCCUCCUCCGCCGGCCCCGGCACCCCAGAAACAGACUUUUAAAAGCCAUUCAACUAUCAUCUAUCUACUCAGCCCUUUUUGCUUAAGGUGACCAGGUGGUUUUACCUUGGACCUCCAGCAAGAACUACAAAGAAGAAAGGAGUCUGAAGAGUCAGUCAAGUUUUCUGUCUAGUCCAAGUAACACCCCUGUCUUAACCACUAGCAGGAGAAAUGAAGCACAUUAUCAAUCUAUAUGAAAACAUCAAUGAUACAGCAAGAAAUAAUUCAGACUGCCCUCCUCUGGCUUUGCCAGAAGAGAUAUUUUUCACAAUAUCCAUCAUCGGGGUUUUGGAAAAUCUGAUGGUCCUUCUGGCUGUGAUCAAGAAUAAGAAUCUCCAGUCACCUAUGUACUUUUUCAUUUGUAGCUUGGCCAUUUCUGAUAUGUUGGGCAGCCUAUAUAAGAUCCUGGAAAAUGUCCUGAUCAUGUUCAGAAACAUGGGUUAUCUUAAGCCUCGUGGCAAUUUUGAAACCACAGCAGAUGACAUCAUCGACUCCCUGUUCAUCCUCUCCCUCCUUGGCUCCAUUUUCAGCCUGUCUGUGAUAGCUGCUGACCGCUACCUCACAAUCUUCCAUGCUCUACAGUACCACAGUCUUGUGACUAUGCGCCGUGCCAUUGUUGUCCUGAUGGUCAUCUGGACGAGCUGCAUAGUCAGUGCCAUUACUAUGGUGAUCUUCUCCCAUCACAUCCCGACAGUGAUCACCUUCACAUCGCUGUUUCCUCUGAUGUUGAUCUUUAUCCUGUGCCUGUAUGUGCACAUGUUCUUGCUUGCCCGUUCCCAUGCCAGGAAGAUCUUGACCAUUCCCAGAGCCAACAUGAAAGGGGCCAUCACACUGACCAUCCUACUUGGGGUCUUCAUUUUCUGUUGGGCCCCCUUUGUCCUUCAUAUCCUGUUAAUGACGUUUUGCCCAAAUAACCCUUACUGUGCCUGCUAUAUGUCCCUCUUCCAGGUGAAUGGCAUGUUGAUCAUGUGCAAUGCAGUCAUUGACCCCUUUAUAUAUGCCUUUCGGAGCCCAGAGCUCAGGGAUGCAUUUAAAAAGAUGAUCAUCUGUAACAAGUACUGGUAGAAUUAUUGGUCCCUGAUUUUAGGAGGCAUGGAGAUGAUAUUGUCAACUGACAGAAUAACAUGACAUACCAACAAAUGCUAAUGCUUCCCAAUUGUCCUUUCUUUCCCUAAUGUGUAUGAGGAUUAGUGUUUGUAAUAGCUUGUCCUAUGUACCUCUUGCUGUAGUUACAACUUUUAGAACUAGAGAGAUAAAAUAAUAUACUAAAAAGAAGUAUAGAAUACAAAACACAGAUAGCAAUACAAAUUUGAGAGCUUUGCACUAAGGUAAAAACUUGUUCUUCUAUAGAUCUAUCAAGCUUGUUUCUGGGGUGGCUUUUCCAGCCUGGAGACCAUUAGAAUUAAUUUCUAGAAAUUCCUCCACCCCUCACUGCCUUUCAUUUGUUACAUUUAAUCUGAGAAACAAAAUCAAGAAGGCUAUUCUAGUAGUGUAUAAAGCAAAAAUAAAGGCUAAGUACCAAGUUAGAGACAUUUCAAUUCUAGGUCCUUAACUAUAUUCAAACCAGUUCAAGGUCUUUAAUACUAAUAAUUACUGGAAAAAAAUGUGGUUCCCUAACUCUACCUUCAUAUGUAUUUCAAACAAAAACACUAUCAAACCUCACAUAUUUGAGUUAAGAAAGAUCAACAAGGCUCAGGUUUUUCCCAUGAUGAUCACUUCAAUUCUUUUAUCAAAAUACCACAAAUUAAAACUGAUUUGUUGAUGCCA